CCGCACCACACCUUCCUACGCAGCACAACCGCUAAGGGAUCGUAACGAAUAGAAAAAACCAACAGACCCCUUCGGCAAAGAGGAGUGAGUACCUUAAUAAUCAAUCACGUCUCAAUCAGCCCCCCGCUCGCCGGCCAUGCCGCCAACCUAUACGGACGGGGACCUGGCCAUCCCUCCAUACAAACAGCAACACCACCAACACCACCAACACCAGCAAUCCCAAUCCCAAUCGCACUCUCAACAGCAGCAGCACCACCACCAGCAGCAGCAAAGACCGCUCCGCCGCCACGAUGCGCACAAACCGGACGCGGAGCACCGACUCGGGCAGUACAACAUCAUCAAGACCCUUGGCGAGGGCUCCUUCGGAAAGGUGAAAUUGGCCGUGCACCAGGUUUCCGGGCAGAAGGUCGCCUUGAAGAUCAUUUCGAGGAAGAAGUUGAAUAAUAGGGAUAUGGCCGGACGGGUGGAGAGGGAGAUUGCCUACUUGCAGUUACUGAGGCACCCGCACAUUAUUAAGCUGUAUACGGUGAUAACAACGCCGAACGACAUAAUUAUGGUUAUCGAGUACGCUGGUGGAGAACUGUUCGAGUAUAUCGUUACGAAUGGGAAAAUGACGGAGGACUCUGCACGACGGUUCUUCCAGCAGAUAAUUUGCGCCGUGGAGUAUUGUCACCGCCAUAAGAUUGUGCACAGGGAUUUGAAACCGGAGAACCUGUUGCUGGACGAUUAUCUCAAUGUCAUUUCUGGGAAAUUGUAUGCGGGCCCGGAAGUCGAUGUUUGGAGUUGUGGGGUUAUCCUCUACGUUCUACUUUGCGGGAGGCUACCCUUCGACGACGAUUAUAUACCCACGCUAUUCAAAAAAAUUGGACAGGGGAAUUAUUCGAUCCCCCACUUUUUAAGCUCCGAAGCACGCAACCUGAUUCAAAGAAUGCUUGUGGUGAACCCGUUAUCCCGCAUAACGGUUGCAGACAUCCGACAGGAUCCCUGGUUCAACAAAGGGCUUCCAGAAUACCUUCGCCCUCCACCGGAAGAAUUCUUUAAUACAGGCGUGGAUCUUUCUAGGCUACCGACAUGGAAGAGCGUCGAGCGGGGACCUGCGGAGCGAUUGAAAGGCGAACUCCAUGAAGCAGUGGUGGGAAAGUUGGGGUCUACGAUGGGGUAUGCGAAGGAUGAUGUCCAGGACGCGCUCAAUAAGGAGGAGCCCAGCGCGAUCAAGGAUGCGUACAUGAUCGUGAGGGAGAAUCAGAUGAUGAUGAGAGAUUCCCGCCUCUCGAAUGCUCACAACAUCAAAAACUUUCUCGCACAAUCUCCGCCUGCCUGGAACUCAUACCUCCCCUCCUCCCCACGACCCACACCGAACCCUCAAGCACCGAACUCGCCUAGCUUCAAUCCCCAAACCCCGCAACGCACCGCCUCACCGUUUGCUCUGCCAGGCAAAGACGGCCUCGGCAUCGCGGGCGUUCCGGAGGACGUAGCAACACCAGGCGAUGUCGGCCCCUCCCCUUCCUCCUCAAUCUCCAUCCUACCGACCAGUCUCCCAGCGUACCACAAAGCAUACAUGUCGGGCGCCCCGCCUCCACCCUCACCAGCACCGAUCGAAGGCCUAACGCCACUACCGCCCGGUCACGCUCAGCAAGCCAAGCGCCAGCGUCAAACCCGCUGGCAAUUCGGCAUUCGGAGCCGCAAUUCCCCGCUGGAAGCAGUCGGGUGCAUAUAUCGUGCGCUCCGAAAACUCGGCGCGGAAUGGGAACUGGAGGAGUGCGAGACUCCAGGUGAGGACAAUAAAAAUAAGCGCACACAAACCGUCCCCACGGAUCCAUGGAUAAUCCACUGCCGCUGGCGCAAGUCCUCCCAUACCUCCGCUACAGCCAAGCGAACUAGUUACCCGCCUACUAAUCCCCUCGGGGAGGAAGGUCUGUACGUACACAUGGAGAUACAGCUCUACCAGCUACCGGUAGAACACAACUUUUACCUAGUCGACUUCAAGUGCGCAGGCUACGAGCGGCUGGGGAAGAAGAAGAAGGUGGGAUUUCUAACGGACUCGCCGUUCCCGUUCUUGGAGCUGGCUAGUCGGUUGAUUAUCCAAUUAGCUGAGGCUACGGAGUAAUCUUUUCCUCUCUCUCCCUCUCUUUUAUUGGUUUAUUAUUGAUUUGUUUGUCCGUUCGCGCGGGGGGUUUUUGGGAGUGUGAUUGAUGGUUGGAUUGGAUGGCUUCCCUUAUUCCUAUGUUUUAUUUUUCCCUUGAAAAUCUCUACUCUACUCUACUCCUCACUUUCACUUUGUCAUGGGAUACCGCUAAGAUAUCAUAGCUAUUGUAUCACAGUAUCAUGCAUCUCGGUAGGGAUCUCUUUUCUUUUCUCGUGAACAUGGGCCGUCACUCGUUCGUUUGGAUCGUUUCCCUGCGCCGAGUGCUUGCUUCUUCCUUCGUUUGAGGAUUCUCGGGGUUUAUCUUGAGUUGUUCCGGGGAUUGAGCGGAGUGAGUGAUGACAUUUACCCAGCGACACCUUGUUUGGGGGCUGUGGCGCUGCGGUUUCUCCGAGGGAUGACGUUGGGGUCUUGGUGGGAAAGUUAUGAAUGAAGGGUGACUUACGGUCCGUGGUUAUCAAAAGGUUAGCCUGAGCCGGUUGCCGCUAUCCGUUCGUUUGUAUAACUCCACCUAUUCAAGAAAAUACCACGCAGAUCCACCGGGCUAGAGACGCUUAUUGGCCGGGUCAGCACCUCAAGACCCCAACCAUACUUGAGUGCCGUAAAUUUACUCAAGUACCGGUACUUUAUCCCUCCAGGCCAAGCAUCCCCCAGCUUUCGAACUACAAGUAAAAUUCCGUGAAAUUCUGCGUAUGAACGAAGAGUCAUGAGUGAUUAUCACCAGAUUCCGGAAGCACCAGCCAACACUCAGCCUAACCCAGCCACUAAACAGAACCCCAACAGUGCAGUAAAAGUCAGGUUUCAUACCAAACCCCAUGACGUCCUCAAAACCUCACCUUCACCUCUUACCUUCCUCUCCCUGCGUCCCUUCAUAAGCCCCCCCUUCAACCCCCCCCCCCCGCUUCAACCCAACUCACCAUAAGUCCACAACCAUGUUCUCCUUAAAGAUAAUCUCAACAACAUUCUUACGCUUAACCGAGCUAACCUUCACAACCAUAAUCCUCGGCCUGGCGGGCGCACUGAUCGAGCAGCAAUUCCGGGGCGGCACACCCACACGCGUAAACUUCAGUAUCUUCGCCGCCGUGUUCGCCAUAUUGACACUCAUGCUGUACCUCAUCCCAACCACGCUCUUCAGUAAAAUCGAGAACCCGAUUGUCAGCACCACUCUUGAUGGUUUGAAUUGCGUGUUCUUACUCAGCGCUGGGAUAGCCAUGGCGGCACAGUUGGGAGGGAGGAGCUGUGGGAAUAUUGAAUUCCUCCUUGCAAAUGGAAUUACCAAUGGCGGAGGAUACAUUUCUCCUGCGAGACGGUGUCACGAGGCGAAUGCCAUGACAGCUUUUCACUGGUUUGCAUUUGCGGCGUUUUUGGCCAGCUUUGCGUUCAGCGCGUAUGGGAUUCAGGGGAUGAUGAAGAGGGGUGUUAGCGAUAGGAGUCGGGGACCCAUGAGUCAGGUUUGAAGUCAGUGAUUUUUCGUGAUCCGCGCGGGGGAAAGGGGAAAAGGGCUGGUUUCGUUAAUUAAAUCUUUAA